GCAUCAGCUCAGUUCGCGUUUGUCAGCCGUUCGAGAUGGAUGUAAUCGUAGGAAACAGUCUGUCGAGUAGUGUAUCGCCGGGUAAGCCGACGGUUACCGGUGCAAGUGGUGGCGGUAUUUCGUUGCCACCGGCGGCGUCCCGGUCGUUGCGUGUGCGCACUUCGAGUACUAGUGGGAAAUACAACGACGGUGGACCGAUCAGUGAAAUUCAACUGUGUCCCAGUGUGAUGUCCGAGGACACCAAGAAGAUGCUUCCGCCGACGACGGAAACCAUCCAGACCAAACCGUUCCCGAUUCGAGGUGAACGGGCCAACUAUGUAAACAGUCCACAUGUUAUUGCGAUGGUCGGGUUGCCAGCCCGUGGCAAAACAUACAUCUCCAAGAAGCUGUCCCGCUACCUGAACUGGAUUGGCAUCAACACCAAGGUGUUCAAUCUGGGCGAAUACCGGCGACACGCCACCGAUGCCUACCGGAGUCAUGAGUUUUUCCGGCCGGACAACGAGGUGGCGAUGGCCAUCCGGCAGCACUGCGCCGAAAUGGCCUUGCAGGACGUGUGCCAGUGGUUGGAGAAUGGAGGCGAAGUGGCGGUAUUCGACGCCACCAACUCGACCCGUGAACGCCGCCGCAUGAUCAAGGACAUCAUCGUGAACAAAAUGGGAUACAAACUCUUCUUCGUGGAAUCGAUCUGUGACGAUCCCCAGAUCAUCGAGCAGAACAUCAUGAUAAAGGUCAGCGGCCUUGAGUACUUGCCCCCGCUGGUGUCCUUUAACGGUAUUGAGGAAGUGAAAGUGAGCAGCCCGGACUACCGCAACAUGAACAUGGACGAAGCGCUGAACGAUUUCCGCCUCCGGAUCGAACACUACCAGGAACGCUACGAACCGCUGGUCGAGGAAAUCGAAACGGACCUGUCGUACAUGAAGAUCUACAACACCGGCGAAAAGGUGGUUGUCCACAAGCACGAAGGCCACAUCCAGUCGCGCAUCGUGUACUACCUGAUGAACAUUCACAUCACCCCAAGGACGAUCUACCUGACGCGGCACGGUGAAAGCGAGCACAACCUCAAGGGACUGAUCGGAGGCGACUCGGUGCUGAGCGAUCGAGGUCGCCGGUACUCGCAAGCCUUGUCCAAGUACAUCCAGGAACAGCAAAUCGAGGGCCUACGGGUGUGGACCUCGUGGCUGAAGCGCACAAUCCAGACCGUUGCGGAUGUCAAUGCUCCCCAGGAACGCUGGAAGGCUCUGAACGAGAUCGAUGCUGGCAUCUGCGAGGAAAUGACCUACGAGCAGAUCCAGGCCAAGUUCCCCGAGGAGUUCAAGGCGCGAGAUCAGAACAAAUUCGCCUACCGCUAUCCGCGCGGUGAAAGCUACGAAGAUUUGGUGGUCCGGCUGGAACCGGUCAUGAUGGAACUGGAACGGCAGGGUAACGUGCUGGUCGUGUCGCACCAGGCCGUUCUUCGCUGUGUGCUGGCGUACUUUUUGGACAAAUCGGCGGACGAGCUCCCUUAUCUGAAAGUGCCCCUGCACACGAUCAUCAAGCUGACGCCGGUGGCCUACGGGUGUAAGGUUGAACACAUCAAGUUACCGAUUGAUGCGGUGGAUACGCACCGUGCGAAACCCGAGGUUCCCGGCUCGUUGGAUUCCAAAUUCGUCACCCAAAAGCUCAGCGCGUUGGCACUGUAAAACUGUAGGCGAGACAUGGCAGCACGGAUCGUCCCAUUCUGUACACUUCGUUUUGGCCGUUUUUCAUGUUUUAUGUUUGUUUUGUUGAAGAAAAAAUGAAAGUUUAUAAAACUAGGUGAUAACGAUUGCUACAAAGUACUUCAUCGCAUUCGAUAACUGAUAUUUGUUGCUGUAGAUUUUACUUUAGUUUUAAGAUCAACCUGCAACGUUUCACAUUUUAAGUUUGCAUUUAAAGUUUUUGUUUUUGUAGAACAUUUAGCAAUCCUUCUAGAUUGUUUAUUUGACCGCCAUCACUAGCCAAUAAGAGACUCUAGCAAAAAGAGACUUAAUUCUUCCCACAAAACAAUCGAACGUAAGCGAAGCAAAAAUACAACCGAUGUAAACAGUUUUUUGUGUACAUUUACAUUGAGGAUCCAUUUUUUCUACAAUCUAGUGAAUUAUCUAAGAAAGUUAAAUUGAAAAUGAAAAGACAUGUGCAUCUAUGAAAAUCCAUCAAUAAAUGCAAUUGAAACCCGAAAGAAUUAAGGAACAAAAUACGAACAAAAAGUUGUACAGGCAACCGACAUUAUGAACAGAGACCAUAACUAGGGCGUAAGUACUCCAUAGUAGUCUAUUCUCGUAGGACCGGAGACGAGACAGUAAUAGGAUUAAGAGAAAUAUACUAAUUUAAAUAAACAACCAUUCACUACUAUACGGAGAUGAAAUCUCGACGAAACGA